AUGCGGUGGUUUUUUGAUCCGUUAGACUGGAACGCCCCUCCUGCAGAAGGGUGUGGGCCCAAACCAUUCAUUUCUUGGAUUGAAAGACAUCAAGGCGAAACUUGGCGAGCGUAUGCCGGAAAGGUUGCAAAGCACGCUGCGUCACAUGGGGUUGCAAGGGGCUGGCGUCAGUUGGGUCUUCGUUCUAUGACCAAACCUGCUGACAGCGCCAACAAUAGCCCUAAAGCGUGGUCGCUGCGAGCUGCUCCUCGAUUUUGGCAGCUUGAGCAGGUUGAGAGUUUCCUUACGGCCUCUUGUUUUUCUCAAAUUUCGUUCACCACCAAAAGAUGGGAACGUAGUGGUACCACCUGGGGGUUCAAGGCCAUUCAUAGUGGGGAUCAGACGUAUAUGCAACUGCUGUACGAUGGAGAUUCUUUUGAUGACGGGAAAUUUGUUGUGGUUGAGAGGUUUUUUAAUUUCGGUAAAGGACCCCACCCACCAAGUUGA